AUGAACACAGAAACGUGGCCGAGCGGCGCCCCGGAGACCCUGAAGAUGGCCGCGGGCCCCGCCAUGGGCGUCGUCCGGCGCGCGUUCGAGGGGCUCGGGGACCUGUGGAGGGAGCACAUGGCUGAGAAGGGCACAGUGUUCCUCGAGCGCGCGAGCAGCGCCGUCGCGUCCGCCACGGGGCUGGGCGGCCGGCUGGGCUCCACAAACGAUGGCGACCCACGCUCGGCCUUCUGGCUCGGCGUGCUCUUCGGCGCGCUGGUCCUCGCGAUCGUCGCGCACACGCGCACGGUGCUGACGCAGAUGCGCGAAGUGGGCGUCGUGCCACUCCUGUUCGGCGCCAUCGAGAACAUCCCUGUUGUGUCGUGGCUGUACAACCGAGAACUGUCCAAGAUCCAGCGCAAGAUCCGGAAGGACGUGAUCGGGAAGCGUUCGGCGGGGGCGCACAAGCCCCUGCGUGCGCUGCAGGAGAAGGGCAUGACGCCCGAGCGCGUGCUGGAGCUGCUGCAGGCCAGGAGCAAGGGCGACGUGGCCAUCGCCGACACCGCCACGCCAGUCUCCGGGACGGUGUACGUGCCGGGCGCGGAGCGGCGCGCCCUGCUGAACGACACGUUCGCGAUGUUCUCGCUCAGCAACCCGCUGCACGGCGACGUGUUCCCCUCCGUCGCGCAGAUGGAGGCCGAGGUCAUCGCCAUGUGCGCCAGCAUGAUGGGCGGCGGGCCCGAGGGGGCGUGCCCGAGCGUGUGCGGCGCCAUGACGUCCGGGGGCACGGAGAGCAUCCUGAGCGCGGUGCUGGCGUCGCGCAACUUCAUGCGCGAGCAGCACGGCGUCACAACCCCCGAGAUCGUCCUGGCCGACACCGCGCACCCGGCGUACUUCAAGGCGGCGUCCUACUUCGGGCUCAAGGUCGUCAAGCUCGCCACAGACCCGCACGCCGCACACGGCGGCGCGCUGUCCGGCGCGGCGGUGCGCCGCGCGAUCACGCGGAACACGGCUCUGGUGGUCGCGUCCGCGCCGUCGUACCCGCACGGCACGAUCGACGACGUGGAGGGCAUCGCGGCGGCCGCGCACGCGGCGGACGUGUGCUGCCACGUCGACGCGUGCCUCGGCGGGUUCGUUCUCCCGUUUCUGCGCGCGGACGGAGAGGACAUCCCGCCGUUCGAUUUCAGCCUCCCCGGCGUGACGUCGAUGAGCGUGGACACGCACAAGUUCGGCAUGGCGCACAAGGGCACGAGCGUCGUGCUGUACCGCGGCCGCUGGCUGCGGCGCGGGCAGUACACGGCGAUUACUGACUGGCCCGGGGGACUCUACAUCUCCCCCGGCAUGCCUGGGUCGCGUCCGGGCGCGCUCGUGGCCACGGCGUGGGCGGCGAUGGUGCACGAGGGGGCGGAGGGGUACCGGCGAGCUGCGAAGGACGUCACGCACGCCGCGCGGCAGUUUGCGCUCGGCGUGAGCACUACGCGCGGUGUCGAGGUGCUCGGACGGCCGUGCAUGAGCGUUGUGGCUUUCCGGAUGAGCCGCGGGAGUCCGAAGGAUAUCUACCGCGUGAACGAGCUGCUCACGGCGCGCGGGUGGCACCUCAACACGCUGCACCGGCCCGCGGCGCUGCACAUGUGUUUCACGCCCGCCAGCUGCGCGGCCUGGGAGGACCUGCUGAAGGACCUCCGCGAGGCGGUCGAGAAGGUGCUGUCGGACAAGAAGGCCGGGAAGGGGGGGAGUGCGGGGGUGUACGGCAUGGCGGGGUCCUUCCCUGACCGCGGCGCGAUCGGGGACGUGCUGUGCGCGUUCCAGGACGCCAUGCUGGACAUCGAGUAG